CUACAACAUAUAUAAACUGGUCUUUAUCUGCAUUUUAACAAACAGUUUAACUAUCAACUAUCCUGUAAAUCAAUAUUUGUUUGUUCUUAUACUUGACCUUUCUGUAAGAGAUUCCAUUCAGCCAUGUUGUAUACAACGCUGCUUUCCGUGGUUUUUAUUAUUAGCAAUGCUGUUGCCUCUCCUAUCGAGGAGAGACAGUCUACAUCUCUGAACUCCAAGCUUAAGGCUCAUGGCAAGAAGUACUGGGGCACUUGCACUGAUCAAGGUACUCUAUCCAAGAGUGGCAUGUCGUCAUUCUUGCCAACACAGUUUGGUCAAGUUACUCCAGAAAACAGCAUGAAAUGGGAUGCCACUGAGCCUCAACGCGGCCAAUUUAACUUUGCUGGCGCAGACUACCUGGUUAAUUACGCCCAGCAACACGGCCUGUUAAUUCGCGGGCAUAACCUCCUAUGGCACUCCCAGCUACCAUCAUGGGUGUCGAGUAUCAGCGAUAAAGCUACCUUAACAUCGGUCUUACAGAAUCACAUUAGCACUGUUGCUGGCCGUUAUAAGGGAAAGCUUUAUGCUUGGGACGUUGUCAAUGAGAUUUUCAACGAAGAUGGAACCCUGCGCCGGUCUGUCUUUUAUAACGUUCUCGGUGAGGACUUUGUUCGUAUUGCUUUCCAGGCAGCGAAAAGUGCUGACCCUACCGCAAAGCUCUACAUCAAUGACUACAAUCUUGACGACCCAAAUUAUGCCAAAACCAAAGGCAUGAUCUCAUAUGUCCAGAAAUGGCGCUCUCAAGGCAUUCCCAUUGAUGGAAUCGGCAGCCAGUCGCAUAUUGGCCCUGGUGGAGGGCCUAAGAACGCAGCUGCUCUUAAGGCGCUGAGUGCUGCGGCUCCGGAGGUUGCUAUUACUGAACUCGAUAUCACCAAUGCUCCCUCCUCUGAUUACGUCGCCGUCACUCAGGGAUGCCUUGCAGUGUCGAAUUGCGUGGGUAUUACAAGCUGGGGUGUUCGCGACGUUGAUAGCUGGAAAGCUUCUUCAAACCCCCUCCUUUUUGAUGCAAAUUACCAGCCAAAAGCUGCAUAUAACGCUGUUAUAAGUGCAUUGUAGAUGCUGAAUGGCUUAAGGGCUGUUAUUUUUAGCCUAGGGUCCUGACUUGUUAAGGAAGGUUAGGUUCCUUAUAAUAGCUUUUUCCCUCUACUUCUGCCUCCGGAGGUAGAUUAAUUCUACCUCUACUGCUAAAUAUAAACUAACUUUACUUCUACCUCUGAAGGUAAAAUAUUUCUACCUCUGAGUGUGUGAACAGGACGCCC